AUGUCGGCUUCGCAACAGCAGUCAGCGGUUUCCGUUGAUAAUUCACAAAGACACUUGGAUGAUACCAACGUAGAGACAGCAUUACAACAGGCGGUUAACGAAAGGACAUUUCUAAGAACUCAGAACGACCAGUUAUGGAAAAUUAUUGAAAAGCAAAAGGCUGUCAUUCAUAACCUACAAAAAGAUAACCAAAAGUUGGCUUACGAGAAAGAUCGUUUGUCUGCAAGAAUAAGAGAGCUUGAAGCUCUAAAUCAAACGGAAAAUUCGGCUAAUAACAGAGUUACAAUUGACACAAAUCAGAUAAAUGGCAGAGACGCUGGACCACGUUCUCAACAAAUCUACCCCACUAGCACUCAUUCUCCAACCAACGUUCAAGAGAAAGUACAAGAGCAAGAACGGCAACAGCAACGGCAGCAACAACAAGAGGAUGGCCGUCAAAUAAUAAAAAUUUCAUUAGAGAAUAUCGCUACGAAUGAUCGUCAAGAUUCUACUUCUUCCUUUUCAUCACUAUACAUGUACGAUACUACUAACUCGGCAGAUGAAACAACGCAGCCGCUUCCAAUAAGCGAAUCGCCCCCACAGUCCGACCACCAGCAACUCAAUAAGACACCCACUCUCCAAGUGACCAUCUCGGAACAGGACAGCGGAAGUACAUCACCGUCCCGUACGAGUGCGUAUGAAUCGUCUAUAUCAAAAUUCCCUGCACAAGAAUCCCUUGCCGUACAUCAUCAAGAUCCAACGCCAUUGGACAAUGUCGAUUCAACAGAGUCCACUUCAUCGUCAAAUCGUAAUAAAAAGGGGCAUAGAUUGAGUGGUAUUCCAUUGCGAAGGACGGGUGAAUCGGGAACCUUUGUAGGGCUGCCCAGUUCACCUCGAAGUGGGCUUCCUCCUGGGAUGAAGUCUCCCGGAUUGCCUGGUUCACACAGUCCUCCCGCUAGUUCGAGAUCAUCCGGACGAUCUACUUCACCUCUAAAUAGCCCACCGGCAGUGAAAUCGCCUGUAUUAUCUUCUUCACCGAGGUCUCCCCGUAGCUACGCCGAUGGUGAUAGUGACGAAAUAAGGAGGAAAGAUUCUUUAUCGCCGACUGCUAUUCCUGUCAGUGAGCCUACGUCUGUUGUGACAUUGAUCGAACCGGUUGCUUUGUCGAGUACUGCAUCUGAAUCAACGUCCGUGACAAGUGCAAUUGUCGAGUCUACAUUAUUAAGGAACGUUGAAUCUACGCCGGUAGAAAACGUGGGUUUGUCAGAGUCUGUCAUAUCCGAGUCUACAUCUGUAACAAGUAUGGCUGCGUCUGAACUUAAAUUUGGAACAAAGACGUUUGUCGCCGAGCCUACUGUAAUUAAUACCACGUCUACUGCUGGACAGACAUCUCAGCCUCUGUCACCGCCAGUAAAAUCUGGUUCUCAGUCCCUGUCCAUUGAGAAUUCUCAGCAACGGGCUGGUGUCCAGUCACGAAUGAACACUUUUCCUCGUAUGGACUCUUUACCUCGUAUUAGCCAUGCAGAAGUAGACCAGUAUGCAGGAACUAGAAACACUGACAAUUCCGAAUCACAGACAUUAUCGCGUCCGACAAAAGCUAGUGAUACCAUAAUUAACUUUUCGGCUGGGUCGGAUGAGCCUGCGAUUAACUUUGCUGCAGUUUUAUCUUCUCCUAAAGACAGUACGUUUACAGAUUCACAUAAAAACGUACCCACUCAAUCACAACCUACUCCAAACGAUCCUAUAUCCAGUAUAACGGUUAAAGUGAUAGGGAGUACAAUAGAAGUUAAUGAUAGGGCAAAAGAAGUUCUUGCUUUUACUAUUGCUGUGUACGAGGCAAAAACAAACGAGGAUGGGGUUACUAUCGGAACUGGUAAAGAACUUUGGCGUGUUAGCAAGAAAUACUCGGAUUUUUUGACACUGGAUGCAAAGCUCAAGUUACAUCAGACAACUAGUUUUAUAAAAAAAAUUGGAAAGCUGCCUGACAAGAAUUUAUUCACGACUAAUGCUCCAAGUAAAUCAGAUCAGCGCAAGCUGGCUCUUGAGCGGUAUCUUCAGCACGUGGUUAACUUGCCAUGGAAUGACAACAGAGAUUUAUGUGAAUUCCUCAGUUCAAAUGUUAUCGAACCCGAGAAAUCGGAUUAUCAGCUUACUGGACACAAAGAAGGUUACCUGACCAAAAGGGGCAAGAGCUUUCGUGUAUGGAAGACUCGUUACUUUGUUCUUACAAAAUCAGUUCUGGAUUAUUAUGAAUCUAAAGGUGGACCUCAUCUUGGUUCGAUUCGUUUGACGCAUGCACAAAUAGGCAGGCAACAAAACACAGCUCCAGUAGAGUCAGAUUCAAUGGGAAGUGACGAGAACGAAUAUCGACAUGCUUUUCUUAUUCUGGAACCGAAACCGGGGUCCAAGGCCCAAACAAAACAUGUUUUGUGUGCAGAGAGUGACGCUGAUCGUGAUGAAUGGGUAGAAGCACUGCUAGACUCAUCAAUAUAUCAAGCACAAUCGCCCAACGCUCAGCUUCAAUCGCAGGCUCCUCAUUAUGACCCUUCACAGAAAUCACCACGACCGCAAGAUCCUGACCGAAUACGCAACAUUGUAGAUACAUCAUCACUUGAGAAUAUGAACCAACAAGCGUAUCAAUCAUACUUGCGAAGUCUACGUGAAACAUCCAAUGGACAAUUACGGCGACAAGACGACAAGGAUAGGCGAGGUGCUAGAAUGACUCUAUUUGGAAAGAAUAUUCUUGGUUAUAGUCUCAGCGAAAAGAGAAAACAUCCGACACAAAUUAAUUCCGAUCACGUUAGGACUGUGUUCGGAGUGCCAUUGGAUCAAGCUAUAGCAGCAUCAAGGAUCAAGGAAGGCUAUGAAUUACCUGCUAUAGUACACAGAUGCGUCGAAUAUCUGGACGCAAAAGGUGCCGCUUUCGAAGAAGGAAUAUACAGAUUAAAUGGUUCGGCCAACGUGAUAAAGAUGUUAAAGGAUAGGUUUAAUUCCGAGGGAGAUGUGAAUUUGUUGGCUGAAGGCCAACCAUAUGAUGUGCAUGCUGUUACCGGACUGUUGAAGUUGUAUUUGAGGGAAUUACCGACUAGUGUUCUUACCCGCGACUUGCAUCCUGAAUUUGUAAAAGUUGUUGAUCUGUUGGACAGACGUGAACGUGUGAAUGAACUGGGACGUCUAGUAUCAGCAAUACCUCUAGCCAAUUAUACUCUUCUGCGUACGCUUACAGGACACUUGAUACGCAUUGUUCAGAAUGCAGACAUCAACAAGAUGACAAUGCGCAACGUCGGAAUAGUAUUCUCCCCUACGCUUGGUAUUCCGACUGGGGUAUUCAAUCUGCUUCUUUCCGAAUUUGAUUAUAUCUUCUACACUGAUGCAAGUGGAGCCGCGGCGCCGAGAAGUCUCGAGGCAGAUUCCAAGACAAAUUCCAGCUCGUCUCAUAGUUCACAUUCACAAGGCUCUCAUCGCCGCUCUCCAUCUCAGACACGUUUUGGUACUCACUCACUCACACCUUCUCAUUCGAGUUCUCACUCUCGAUCUUCUUCCUCUCAAUCACAAUCUCCACGACUUGAUACCAACGAAACGCCAUCAUCGGUAUCGCCUCAUACUAUUGGACGCAUCCGCGAAGAAUCGAAUGGGAGAAGUAAUCGAAAUAGCAUGCAAUUCAUGCACAGUGUACCUGAAGUUUUAGUAGGGUUAGAAAAGCGCAUUACCCGAAAAGUGAUUACAGACAAUGAAUCGGAUGAUGAAAUGAAUGAUUUUACCGUGUUGACGGAGGACGAUCAAUCAUCAGAUGAACAUUCCCAGCUAUCAUCAUUGUCACCUUCGAUCGUUCAUGGACAGCAAGGACAUUCCGGACAAGAAGAAACAGCAGGCGAACUAGAAACUCGUCAACAGCGAUUGACAGUCCGAAAUUAUACAUCUCGAGAUUCGAUGUAUGAGGUUUAUACUGAACAACAAAAGGAAAACCAGGGUCUUUGA